AUGCCGCCAUCGCCAUGCUCACGCAGCAGAGGCAGCGGGACAUGGCGCGAGACCUCAGCCAGGCUCUGGAAGCCAACAGAACACGAAGAUCAAGACCAGGUUGAUUCCAGUCUGAUAGUGCGCUGCCUGGCUAUCUCCGAAGGGGGCACCAUGUUCGGCCUUACCCGCGCAUUCCCUUCUGGGGCGGUAGUGGCAGGAAAGACCGAGUUCGUAGAUCAGGGCAAGCUGGUCAAAGACAUCGACUCGCUGACCACGGCACCGUGA